AACUGGAGCCCUCGGGACGUUUGGGCAACAGUGUUAUUCCAGACGCAUCCCAACCAAGUUCAAGUUCAAUAGCCUGCGGGAAUUUUUGCAGCGUGUGUGUGAGAAGUGAUUUUACUUUUGUGGCCAGAAUGUUUAAGGAACUCGCCCUCGUGAGCUGCCUGGUGGCGGUGACGUUGGCCAUGCCGGCGGUUGAUUUUGCACAGGCCGUUCCGCUGGAAGCGUACCGGGACGAUGCACCAGCAAUCGUUGUGCUCCAGCAGCAGCAGGAGGAUCAGGAUGACCUGGAGGGAGCGGAAACUGCUCACCAUGGUGGAAAUCGCGGCGGAUAUGGCGGCGGAUACGGUGGCUACGGAGGCGGUUAUGGCGGUGGAUUCGGAGGUGGAUUCGGCUAUGGAGGCGGUUACGGCGGAUACGGCGGUGGAUACGGAGGUGGCUACGGAGGCGGAUACGGAGGAUAUGGGGGCCAUGGACAUCGCGGACACCAUCACGGCUAAAGUUCGCUUGAAGAUCUGGAACCGGCUAACGAUCUGCAACCGAGAGAAGCAACUGACUGAUGACAAACUGGACAAAGAAUGGUGUAUGGUUAUGAACCAUGGUUUGAAGAAGUAAAAGGAGAAUAAAGUAGCUUUAUUUAAUUA